UUUGGAGUGCAAGCAAGCGAUGGCGAUUGUUCUCUACACUAUCUAAACACCAGCUUGCCCUUGAGUCGUACAGUCUGGGAGGCGUGCUACGUGAAAUCCAGGAUAAUCCCCAUAGUAGAUGGAGAAACUAUGUCGUAUGUACGGUACUGAAUGUGCGGAAUGCAGACUGAGGUGCAAUGCGAGGAGCAAGUCAAUAGAUGUCGAGAUUCAAUCAAGCGGGAUUCCAUAGUACAGUGUAAACUGAAGGAGCAUGAAGUGGGUAUGCAAUGCGCGGUCUUCGAGAAGUGAGGGAGGGGAGGGGCGUAAGGGACGUGGGGGUGUUUGAGGAAAGAGAACGCAUAGAGCAGGUUGAUGAUGAAGUGUACAUAGCGAUAAUCAAGAAAAGGUGGCGCAAAGCCAAGUCGCAUGGAAUAGUAUUAGUAAAAAAUGAACACAAACAAGAGAAUAUGUCGUGCAAUCAAGAAUCGACCAAAAAAGUGAAACAAGAUGGGUCGAUGUGGGAAUAUUGGAGAUUCAAGAUGGAUCCAUAAUAGCGCGACGUAAGUACCCAAGAGCAUCCCCU